AUGCGCGUCGUUCGCCCCCUCCACGCCCUCCGUCCGCCUCCACGCAGCCCCGCCCUCCUUCCCGCCUCCUUCAUUCCCACCGACCGCCCCCGCCUCCCCCGCCGCCUGUCGCGCGACUUUACCUCCUCCCCCGUCCCCUUCUUCUCGGCUACGCCCGCCCCCAAACUCGCCGCUUCUCCACCAAAGUUCUUCACUGCCAACCAAAGUGUGCGCACCCAUAGGGCGGGUGGGGGGGACAAGUUCGGACCUGGUCACCACCAGCCCCACGUCAAGAAGGGGGCGAGCGUUACGGAAGAGGAGCAGGCGCGCGUGCUGGAGAGGGUUAGAGGCAAGGUUGAUCGGGUGCUGGAUUGGGCUAGGGUUGUUGUGUUUGAUGGCGUUGAGAGGGCCCAUGGGAGGUUGACACCUGCCAUGCUCGACGGUAUCAAGCUCGCCACGCCGACCGGCAGCGCAGCCCUGCGCUCCAUCGCCUCGGUCACCUCGGUUCCCGCCGACCGCGCACUGCGCGUCGAGGCGUUCGACCCCACCACCGCCAAGGCCGUCUUUGCGGCUAUUCGGGACGCCGGUAUCCCUGGCCUGAGCGCAAGCAAGGAGGAGGGUAUUGUGCGCGUCGAAGUUGCUCGGCCGGUGGGGGACGUGCGUGAGGGUCUCGCGCGUAAUAUCCAGGAGGGACUCGAGAGCGCAAAGCACCAGAUUCGUGGCGCUAGGGCUGAAGGUCUCAAGGCUCUUGGGGGGAGGGGAGCGGAUGGGACCGACCAAGUUUGUGAAGUCACGGAAGGGGCGGUGGGGGUUUUGGACGGUAUGUGGAUGGGCGUAAGGGAGGAACUCAAGAAGUAG